AUGAAUUACUUUGGUAGUAGUAGAAAUUCUGGAAAUAUUAAACUUAGUUCUAGCCAACAAAGUACUUCAAGCGUACUCAGCACUCAAUCAAAUCAAAGCGCAACAAGUAGCUUUUCAACAACUACAUUUGCCAGUAGUAUUAGUAGUUCAAGCACAGUAGGCUUACCAAACUAUACUCAACCAUCAAGAACAUCACCAGAAGAAAUGGAAGACAGAAAUGAGAUUCUCAAUGCUGAGCCACAUAUUCUAUGUUCCAAUAGUAUUAAUAUUAGUCCAAAUCCACUUGAAAAGAAAGCUGGAGGUUCGGGACUUAAUGCACUCAGUGCCUCUCCAGAUUCUAGAUUAAUUGCUGUUGGUGGUAGAAAAUUGUUCAGAAUUGUUAGAGCUUCUUUUCAGGAAGAUGAGAAAAAGUUCAAACUUGAUAUUCCCAUCACAAUUUAUUAUUCUGGUAAGAAGAGUAUGGAUUUUGCUGUUGUAGAUCUGAAAUGGCAUCCAACUUUACCUAAUGUCAUUGCGACUGCCCCUCCAAAUGGUAAGGUAAUUUUGUGGAAUGUAAAUAGUAGCUCAAAAAGUGGUAAAAUCAUUACCAGAUUUAAUGGUCACGAAUGUACAGUCAACUCACUUUGUUGGCAACCACACCAAGAAAAUCUUUUACUUAGUGCGAGUGUAGAUCAUACCUGUCGUUUGUGGGAUAAGAGACAAGGUGGUGAUUCAGUUCAUACAUUUAAUUGUGGAAGUGUUGUAAGAAGUAUCAAAUUUAACACAUUUUUCCCAAAUGUAUUUGCUGCAGCAACAGAUGGAGGUGACUUCCAAGUUUGGGACAUUCGUAAACCUAAUCUGUAUCAAAAGAAAAUUCCUGCUCACAAUGGUCUAAUUUUAUCACUAGAUUGGCAUCCAAAGAAGGGUGGGUUUAUUGCAACAGGAGGUAGAGAUCGUGUCAUUAAGGUAUGGGAUUUGAAUGACACAAAGAAACCAAUCUCUACAGUUCAAACUAUUGCUAGUAUAGCCAAGAUUGCCUGGAGACCUGGUAAUUAUAACUAUCAUUUGGCCAGUUGUGCUAAGAAUGAUGUUGGCUCAACUAGUAAUAUCAAUUUGUGGGAUAUCAGUUCAAGAUAUGUACCACUUUUGAGUUUUACUGGGCAACGUGCUGAUGUCACAGAUAUUGCCUGGAUGAAUAAUUAUCCAAAUUUAAUGAUGAGUUGCUCUAAGGAUAAUACUUUCAUGAUUCACAGUGUGUAUGAAGCUGAAUAUGAAAAGGCUUCCCUUCCAACAAGUGCUCUCUCUUGGAAUAUUAAUAAUGAACUAGUGCACGCCAAUGACGAAAUUGAUAGACAACAACACGAACGAUAUCAAACCAUCUUACAAACAGUUGCAACUAAUCCACCAUCAGUUAUCAAGCAAAUCAAUAGAGAGACUGAAAUGUUUACUUUCAAAGAAGCACACAUUGACAAAUCAAUCAAUAUCAGCAAGAAUAUUACUCAAGAUAAUGAUUUAUUUGCCGAAUCAGAUGUUUCCAAUGUCAAGUACCUUGCUGAGAAUUAUGAUCUCUUCAGUGAUGACACCUACCAAGUUAAGUGUGACAGAAAUGCCUUUGUUGCCUCUUCUAUUAAUAAUUACAAAUUGGAAAAACUAUGGAAAUUGGUCAAGGAUCUUCACACCCCUUCCACAACUAAGAAUGAGGAACCAGAAAUUUUGGAAGAUAAUAUUGUUUCAGCCAGUGAAAACACUACCAUCCAUUCCAACAUUUUUGAAGACUCUAAUUCUCUCAUUUUCCAAUCUGAAGAAGGAGACGACACCUCUGAAGAAAAAUACAGUCGCUCCAAUUCAUUCGACAAUUACCCUUCUAACCAUAUGCUCUACUCACCUCUUAAAACUCCUAGCUCUUUCCACAAUGAUACCCUCAAUUUAUCAACUCCUCCUACAAACAACAGCAUUCGAAAGAAGGCAAGAGAUGCUAUUUCUCAAGAUUUCCCACAACCACCAAAACUAACUCUAUUUACUACUGGCGAAGAAGAAAAACUCAAAUCUAAUAUUCAAUCAUUUGAUGAUAUGGAAAAACAACAUGUAUCCAUUGCCAAAGAAGCCCACUCAUCCAGUUUGUCCUUUGAAGAUGAUGACGAACUGGAAAGUCUGUACGAGUCUUCUAUUCAGGAAACAAUUGAAUAUUAUGCAGAGAUGGGUGACAUUCAAACUUGUGUAUCACUUAUUGAAGUACUUGAUAAGAAACAAAAUAUGAGUGGAGAAAGAGAGGCUCAAUGGUAUUUGAGUUAUAUUGAACUUUUGAAUAGACACAAACUGUUUACAUGUGCUAACGAGUUGAUCAAUGGGUGUACAAAUUACGAGGUACACCACCUGAACAAGCAAUCAACCUCUAUUAGAACUAGCUGCGGAAAGUGUGACAGUCUUUUACAAAAUACAGACACUACAUGUAAGAAAUGCUCAACCAGAACGAAUAUGUGUGUAAUUUGUCACUUGCCAGUGGACGGUCUGUUUUACUGGUGUCAAAGAUGUGGCAAUGGAGGACAUCUCAAUCAUAUGUGUGAAUGGUUUGCCAAAUACAAACACUGUCCAGUUUGUCUCAGUCACGUUAGCAAACUCCAAACUCUUACCUAAAUUAUUAAACUUUACCUUUUAUUAUC